AUGUUGUCCCUUACACGUAUGGGCCUUGCCUCCCAAAGACAGCUCUUGAGACCAUCCUUGCUUCAGGCCGCUCGUUCCAUCAAGACUAUUCCACAGCCUCCUGGCAACAUUGUCGGUACCGUGAACGACGCCUACCAGCCUCCAAAGCCAGCCAAGCUGCAUGGUUCCGCUCACUGGACCGCUGAAAGAGCUAUUGCCAUUGGUCUUGUGCCUUUAAUUGGUGCUUCUUUCGUCAGUGGCCCCUCCAUGGUGCUUGACUCCACAUUGAGUGCAUUCUUGCUUGCUCACUCGUGGGUCGGGUUCCAGUCAUGUAUCAUUGACUACAUUCCCAAGAGAGUUUACGGUGCCUACCACAACUACGCCAUGUACUUGUUGACGUUUGGCACCGGUGUGGCUGCUUACGGUGUGUACGAGAUCGAGAAGAGAGAAGAGGGCGGUGUGACUGGUAUCGUCGCCAAGCUCUUCACUGCUUAA